UGAUGGGGGAAUAAAGGAGGGGAUGGGAAAUAGCGAGAGAGGGAGAGAGAGAGAGAGAGAGAGAGAGAGAUUAUAUGCAGGCUGAGACGCAGCGCGCAGAGAAGAACAAUUGUCUUAUUCAAGUCAAUAAGUGCAUGUGUUCGUCUUGUUUACCUUCUCGUUCGCACUGAUGUUUGAAGACACUAAAGCUCCAACUUCCUGAAAAUCCUGAAGUGAUGCUACUUUUAUUUUUUAUUUUUUUCCUCCACCCAGCCAGCUGAGUGACGUCUCGCAAGGAAAAAAGGGGGCUGAAAACUCGGCGCACGCAGUGAAUCCCUCGCUGUGACUCAUUCAUUUUGUAUAAACGCGACCGGUUGCGGAGAACCGAGAGAGCUCCGGCUUUAAUUAGCUGGAUCUCCUCCGUGCAGGGCUGCUCCGUGAAGGCACGUUACGGCUCCUCGCUGUAGACGCGUUUUUCUUUUCCUUCUCUCCUUCCAUUUUUUCCCUGAGACCGUGGAGAUGAUAUGCGCCCCUGGGAGACGAACACCACAGCCGACCGAGCCAUCCCUGCGCUCCCGUGGAGUUGGUCCGAGCGAGGAGAAUGUCUCCCACUUCUGCCGGUUCUAACAUCUAAGUGCUGGAUUUGAGAGAUAUUCACCCUUUUAAACCACUACGUGUUAAUCGUUAGGUCUCUGCCGCUCCAGGCUGUGAAGAUAUGCCAGUUAUUAGCGGAGGCUUCGUUGUGUUUCAAUAAGGCGCUUUGGUUUCGGCGUAAACGGACAAAAUUAGGCCAGUUCAUCCGCGGCGGCUGCUCGUGCUCCUUCACUGAUAUUUUAAUUUCUCAUGGAUGUUUCCUUCCUUCUCGCGAAGGGACUGAUUUCACCGUCUCUAUUCAACAAGCUGCACUCGCUCCUGGCCGCAAAGCGAUGGGCGCAGUUUGUCUGAGCCAUCCACAGCGUCUUGGUUCCCCAGCCCCGCUUGUUGAAUCUCCUCCCUGGUGACAGGAAUGGGUUCGUAUUAACACAACUUAAACUCUGGUUCUAUCGUCGGCGGAUUGCAGACUCCGUCCUUCCCUUAAAAAGUUCGCCAUGGCUCGUCCCGGGGUGUGCGUGAAGCUGAGCACCGUGUGGAGAGCGCUUUGGCUCAUGAGGACCGUGGUGGAUUUCGCGCUGCCACAGGAGACUUACGCGCCCCAUUCAAUUCGGACUGAGGGCCACCUGACCCUCGGCGGACUCUUCCCGGUGCACGCCCGCGGGGCCGACGGCACACCGUGCGGGGACCUCAAGAAGGAGAACGGCAUCCAGCGGCUUGAGGCCAUGAUGUACGCUUUGGACCAAAUCAACCAGGAGGAUCAACUCCUACCCAACAUUACCUUAGGCGCCCGGGUGCUGGACACUUGUUCGAGGGAUACCUACGCGCUGGAGCAGUCUUUAACUUUCGUCCAAGCCCUGAUCACGAAGGACACCUCCGACGUGAGGUGCACCAACGGGGAGCCACCGGUGUUCGUGAAGCCUGAGAAAGUGGUGGGAGUCAUCGGCGCCUCGGCGAGUUCAGUAUCGAUUAUGGUCGCCAACAUCCUACGCCUCUUUCAGAUCCCGCAGAUCAGCUACGCGUCCACAGCCCCAGAGUUGAGUGACGACAGGCGCUAUGACUUCUUCUCGCGGGUGGUUCCUCCAGACUCGUUCCAGGCCCAGGCCAUGGUGGACAUCAUCCGAGCCCUGGGAUGGACGUACGUCUCCACCAUUGCCUCCGAGGGCAGCUACGGAGAAAAGGGAAUAGAGGCAUUCACACAACUCUCCAAAGAAGCAGGUGGGAUCUGCGUCGCCCAGUCUUUGAAAAUACCCCACAACCCCAAGGUGGAGGAUUACGACAAAGCCAUCCAACAACUGCUGGAAACGCAGCACUCGCGGGCAGUCGUCAUCUUUGCCAGUGAAGAAGACAUACGGGGGGUUCUCAAUGCCACCAAGAGGGCCAAUCAGGUGGGCCAUUUCCUGUGGAUCGGAUCCGACAGCUGGGGAGCGAAGAGCAGUCCCAUCCACCAGCUUGAAGACGUGGCGGUGGGAGCAGUCACUAUACUGCCCAAGCGCUCCUCCAUUAGAGGGUUUGAUGAAUACUUUACGGCGCUCACCCUUGAGAACAAUCGCAGGAACGUGUGGUUUGCUGAGUUCUGGGAAGAAAACUUUGACUGCAGGCUCCUCAGCGCCUCGAAGAGAGAGGAUACCAGCCGCAAAUGCACAGGCCAGGAGCGCAUCGGGAUCAACUCCAAGUACGAGCAGGAGGGAAAGGUGCAGUUCGUGAUUGACGCGGUGUACGCCAUGGCCCACGCUCUGCACAACAUGCAGAGGGACUUGUGUCCUGAUCAUCUUGGCAUUUGUCCACAAAUGGAGUCUGCGGAAGGGAAGACGCUGCUGAAGUAUAUACGCAACACCAGCUUCAACGGCAGCGCCGGCACCUCUGUUGUGUUUAAUAAGAAUGGCGAUGCUCCAGGACGCUAUGACCUGUUCCAGUUCCAGGUGACCAACUCCUCCACCCCAGAGUACAAGAUGGUAGGACAGUGGGUGGAGUCGCUUCAGCUCAGGCUGGAGGAGCUUCAGUGGCCAGAUGGGGAGCAGGAUGUGCCCAUCUCCGUGUGCAGUCUGCCCUGCAAGACUGGAGAGAGGAAAAAGAGGGUAAAGGGCAUGCCAUGCUGCUGGCACUGUGAGCUCUGUGAUGGUUACCAGUACCAGUACGACGAGACCUCCUGCAGACUGUGUGCCUAUAACAUGAGGCCCAACCCCAACAGAACCGCCUGCCAGCCCAUCCCCAUCGUCAAGCUGGAGUGGCACUCUCCAUGGGCGAUAAUCCCCGUCUUCCUGGCCAUGCUUGGAAUCAUCGCCACCAUCUUCGUCAUGGCGACAUUCGUGCGCUACAAUGACACACCCAUCGUGCGGGCGUCGGGCCGAGAGCUGAGCUACGUGCUGCUGACGGGUAUCUUCCUGUGUUACAUCAUCACCUUCCUCAUGAUUGCUAAGCCCGAUGUGGCCGUGUGCGCCUUCAGGAGGAUCUUCCUGGGCCUGGGCAUGUGCAUCAGCUACGCCGCGCUGCUCACCAAGACCAACCGCAUCUACCGCAUCUUCGAGCAGGGCAAGCAGACGGUGACGGCCCCGCGAUUCAUCAGUCCUACCUCCCAGAUUGCCAUCACUUCCAGUCUGAUCUGUGUGCAGCUGCUGGGCGUGCUGGUGUGGUUCGCAGUGGACCCACCAAACACCAUCAUCGAUUACGAUGAGCAGAAAACCAUUAACCCCAAGCUGGCCCGCGGCGUGCUGAAGUGUGACAUCACAGACCUUCAGAUCAUUUGUUCACUGGGCUACAGCAUCUUGUUGAUGGUGACCUGCACCAUCUACGCCAUCAAGACGCGGGACGUACCGGAAGACUUCAAUGAAGCCAAACCCAUCGGCUUCACUAUGUACACCACUUGUAUAGUGUGGCUGGCCUUCAUCCCAAUUUUCUUUGGCACAGCCCAGUCGGCAGAGAAGCUGUACAUUCAGACCACCACCCUGACCAUCUCCAUGAACCUCAGUGCCUCGGUAGCACUGGGCAUGCUCUACAUGCCCAAGGUGUACAUCAUUAUCUUCCACCCCGAGAUGAACGUGCAGAAGAGGAAGCGUAGCUUCAAGGCUGUGGUCACAGCUGCCACGAUGUCGUCCCGUCUGUCCCAGAAGCCCAGUGAGAGGCCCAACGGAGAGGCUAAGACUGAGCUGUGUGAGAACCCCGCUGCUGACCCCAUGAGUCAAGCAACCAAGAAAACAUAUGUGAGUUACAACAACCUCAGGAUCUGAUCUGCUUGCAAAUCAAUGCAGUUUGUCCUUUAUCUGUGAUUGAAAAGGGGAAGGGAGCGGGAGCGGAACAGAGGAAGACAGACAGAGACAGGAGAGACAGCGCAGGCAUCCCAGCACCUGCAGUACCUAUGCACUCCAGGACUGUGGAUAGCAUCCAACCUUCAUCCAGACAUGAUACAUGAGUCCUGGCAGCAAACUAGCACAGCUGUAGGCCGGUGUGUUGUUGGGCCUCCAGAAACCAAACUGUAGUUUUAAAGCUUGUGUUGUGGCCCCCUUCUCUCUGACAGAGAACAACUUGCCUGCUAAAAGGGGGUCACUGUGAAAGAGGACCGACGCAAAAAAAAAAAUAAAGAAAAAGAAAAAAAAUACAACGGAUCUGCUUACGAGAUAUUUUCUUUUGAAAUGUCAUUAAAGCCAUAUUCUCUUGGGGUUCCCAUUAUCAGAUUUCUGUUUUGUAUUGUUUCUGAGUGAUUUUCUUCUGUGCCUCUUUUAAGUUAAUUUGAUGACCUUGAAACAGCAAGCUCUGCCACAUACAGUAUUUUGUUUUACCAAAAUCAACUCCGAUCAGUCCCAGAUGAUUAUUAUGUUAGAGUGAUGGGCAUUGUAAGUAUAUUUUUUUUGUACAUAUUUGAGAGUAUUUUCAUGUUUGGAGUACAAAACUAGAUAUCCAGUCUUUGUUCAAUUGGAUUUGGAUGGUAAUGACAAAGCACCACAAAGUGUUCACUUUGCAUGUGCCAAUGUAUGUCUGUUAUAUUUGAUGUAAACAAAAGAAGAAAAAAAAAAAAGUGAAAUAAAUUCUGAAAAUGACGAUGAGCUUCAGCAUCCUUCUGCGGUGUCUUCUUGACCAGGACUGAGCUGCAGAAUAUGGCUUUGAUCUGUUGGUGACCUUCCCCCGUCCCAAUCUGCAAGCAUGUUUGUUUUACAUAGUUUCGUACAUUAUUGGGUGACAUUAUUAACAGAGCAACCAUGCAAGUAUGUUGUGAUAUCUGUCAAAUUAUGAACAUGUAAUAAAAAUCAUUUUGUUAUCUUUUCUACAAUGAA